UUAUACAAUUUUUUUCUUAUUAUUUAUUUAAGUUACAUUAAAUAAUUAAUGCUUGCAUUAUUAUUUAUUUAAUAUGGCAGAAGAAGUCAUUAUACUUAAGGACCUCAAACUAGUUCCAGAUAAAUAUUACGAUUAUACACAAACUUUACGAAAUUCCAAUACAGCCAUAGUCAUAGAUAAUGGUUCGUUUACUUGUAAAGCUGGUUGGGCAACGUCAAAUGUCCCAAAUCUCAUAUUUAAAAAUAUUUUAGCUCGGCCAAGGAAAGAACGCGGAAAAAAAGAUGGCGAGACAUUAAUAGGGAAUGAUAUACCAAACAUAGAAGCAGUCAGAUUUCAGUUAAAAUCACAAUUUGAUCGUAAUGUAAUUACACAAUUUAAUGUCCAAGAACAAAUUUUUGACUACACCUUUUCACAUUUGGGCAUUGACAGUAACGGUAGCAUAAACCAUCCAAUAAUAAUAACGGAACCAGUUGCGAAUCCAAAUUAUUCUCGGCUUUUAAUGUCAGAAUUAUUGUUUGAAUGCUACCAUGUACCUGGCAUUUGCUAUGGAAUUGACGGUCUAUUCAGUUACCAACAUAAUGGUCAUAAUGAAAAAACAGGACUAGUUGUGAAUUGUGGACAUCAUACAACACAUAUUAUACCUGUAAUCAAAGGUACUCCUGACUUAAUUAAUAGUCGUCGAAUUGAUGUUGGUGGAUAUCAUAUUACUUAUUACUUACACAAACUUCUACAGCUUAAAUAUCCAGCACAUUAUAAUGCUAUAACACCAAGUCGAGCCGAGGAAUUGCUUUAUGAACAUGGGUUUUUGGCAGUUCAUUAUACUGAUGUAUUAAAACAAUGGUCAGAUCCAGAGUAUUAUGAUCGCAAUGUGAAAAGAAUUCAACUUCCUUAUUCUAUGGCUGUUGUUUUAACACCAGAUCAACAACGAGACAAAAGAAGAGAAAUGGCUAGAAAACUAGUUGAGAUGAAUGCUAAAAAAAGAGAUGAAAAAUUAGCUGAAGAUGAAGAACAACUUCAUCAAUUAUUAUUAAUCCGAGAGAUGAUUGAAGAUGGAGAACAAAUAGAAGAAGUUAGAUGAAGAGUUAAUAUAAUU